UGGCUUAUUGUUCUGAAGAGCACCUCAGCCUCAGUGGUCUUCGUGCAUGCUCGCACAUUAUUGUCUGAUGCAGUAGAAGGUUAGACAAUGGUGUGCAUUGCAUAAUGAGCUCUGCCUGGGGACCUGCAAUUUUAAUUGUCUUUUCUACAAGGUGACAAAAACAUCUUUAACACAUUUGCUUUUCAGGUCUCUCAUUUAAACGAUUAAGAAGACGUCGUCUAGUUGACAAUUAAGUUCUGAUGAAACAUCUCACUCAGAUUUUUAAACAACAUGUGAUGCUAUUGGGGUCAUUAUGGAUAACAAUCUUGAUAUAGGACACACAAUUUUAAUCUGCAUCUACGCCGUUACCGUUUUCUUCAUGGUUGUACUUGGAUGCCUUUGCAUAAACAAGUAUCGUUCAAUGAAGAAGGUCAUAUGGGAGCUGAGGCAAAAGAGGCCGUCUGUCCCCCAGGUUGCUUCCCAAGAUUCUCCCCCUCCAUCUCCCAACAUCCUGAAUAUUCCUGAACUGCCUGACCGUAUUACAGAGAGCCCAUUACAGAGACAACCAACAAAAUCCAGCUGUAGAUUUCCCUGGAAGCCUCCACUACAGGUUCCUCGGUUUACAAAGGCAGACCUAAACCUCAUUCAGCUCAUAAAGGCAGGUCGAGAAGGAGUCUUCUACAAAGCGAGAAUUAUGAGGGGCACAUGCAGAGGCCAUUCACUGGUCACUUGCAAAAUUGGAAAAGAAGGUAUCACCUCAAAGCAGAUGGAAAAUGAGGUUUCUAUUAUGAGAAAGCUGGCGUAUCAUAAAAAUGUGAUGCAGCUGCUGGACUGGAAUACAGCGGAAGAGCCGUAUAUGCUGAUCAUGGAGUUCAUGAGCUACGGGACCCUGCGCAGUUUUGUUCAAAAAAACAAAGAUGAGCUAACUGCCGACCCUGAACUGCAGAGCCAAUUCACCAUCGCCUCCUACCACAUCGCCCUGGCCAUGGAGCACUUACGCUCCAAAAUGGUGGUGCACUGUGACCUUGCCUUAAGGAACAUUCUGGUGAGCCAAUUCCCAUGGGAGGUGAAGGUAGCAGAGUUUGGCCUGGCCAGAGACUUGACCCGUAUGAGGAGCAGACGCAGUAGCAGGAAAAAACAACACAAGGAGCGUGUGCCGCUGCGCUGGUAUCCUCCAGAGUACUUCAGAAACAACUACUACAGCUUCAAGGGAGACGUCUGGGCAUUUGGUAUUGUGCUGUGGGAAAUGCAGACAUUCGGCACCUUGCCAUAUUCAAGUCUGAACACAUCUGAGCAAGUGGUGUAUAGUAUCUGUGCUGGAUGUAAGAACACUGUGCCCAACACCUGCCGUCCAGAAAUAGAACAGAUCAUGCAAGACUGCUGGAUGGAUCCAUACACAAAUAGACCUUCAUUUACAGACAUUGUCAAGAUCCUCGAGAGUGUCGUGGAGAGUGAUGGGGAUUAUGUGGACGUUGACAACCAAAGGAUCAUGAAUGCAGAGGAAAAGUGAAUUAAAAAAAAAUAUGUAACUAGUUGUUUUUACAUUUCUGUAAGAAUUCUGUAGCAAUUGUUUUAUCAUUGUUCUCGUGUAACACCAAACUGUGUACAGACAUACUUUUUGAAUGUUUUUAAGGAUUUCAUUUUAAAUAUGCUUCAUUUGUUAACAGGAAGACAUUACACAACUCUAAUAACCAGCUGACAGUGUUUUUGACAUGUUUCCAAGGAUUGUUUUGAAAAUAACAUCAACUAAAAAAUAAAAAAGUCUGUUUGUUUUGA